CUUGUUCUAGCCCCGCCAAUUUCAUUCAUCAAUUUGCUUUACAAGUAGUUACUCCAAUGGAUUCAGAGGAUGAUUUCGAUAUGCAAGACGCCAACAACGAAUCGGGGGUCGACGACUUCUUCAGUGGAGGCGACAAUGAAGCUAACGCCAUGCCUGUCUACGAUGAUUCGGAUGCUGACGGUGGCGAUUAUGAGUUUAUAGACUACGAUUCCGAGGACUCUGACGCCAAUGCCCAUCAUCGACACCAGCAAAAUUAUACAGUUCUGAGCGAAGCAGAUAUUCGGCAGCGUCAAGAGGACGACAUCAUGGGGGUAUGUGCCGUGCUUUCGAUUUCAAAGGUGGAAGCUGCCCUCGUGCUCCGCCACUAUAA